AUGACUGUAGCGGAAUUAGGCGUUGCGGGGAUAGACCUGAUCCCGCAAGGCACAGCUUAUGGCCUCCUUAUAGGGCUGGGGGUCCUUUUUUGCGGGGUGAUUCUGGUCGCGAUCAAAGUGCAGAAGGCGUAUCUCUCCGAAGACUCGGCCACUUCGGAGAUGUUUAUGGUAGCGAAUAGAUCAGUAGGGACAGGGCUAACGGCGUCUGCGGUGUUUUCCUCAUGGAUGUGGAUCAACGAAACGGUGUUGUGCGCAGCGAUGUGCUAUCGAUACGGUCUGGCAGUGCCUCUGUGGUGGGGAUCCGGCCUUUGUUUCCAAAUCGCAUUGAUGGCUGCACUGGGUGUCAUGGCCAAGAUCCGAGUGCCCUACGCUCAUACAUCGCUCGAAAUUAUCAAGAUGCGAUACGGGUGGAUCGGCCACCUGGUGUUUAUCGUGUUGAAUCUCACCAAUAAUGUCUUUGGAUGUGCAUCCAUGAUUCUGACCGGCUCGCAACUGAUUUAUGGAGUGUCUGGCAUGCACUUCGUCGCAGCUACGAUUCUCAUCCCGCUUGGAGUGGUUUUGUACACCGCAGUCGGAGGUCUCAAGGCAACCUUUCUCACGGACUUCCUUCACACGGCUGUAGCUUUGAUCCUCAUCAUCUACUUUACCCUAUCGGUUCUGACCCAUCCCGCAGUGGGUGGACUUGGGGGUCUCUAUGAAAAGGUGGUGGCCACCGCUAGCGAGAACUAUAUUCCUGGGAACUAUGAAGGAUCGCUGCUUACGAUGAAGUCCAAAAAUGCCAUUAUCUGGGGAUUGGUGUUGAAAUUUGGCAACCUGGCUCUCGUGGUCAUGGAUACAGCAUUCUGGCAAAAGUCCUUUGCAAGCGAGGUUAAUUCAACUGUGCCAGCUUACAACCUAGCUGCAGUAGCUGUCUUCGGCAUCCCUUGGGGUCUGGGGACAGUUCUUGGGCUGUCCGCACGCGCUUUGCAUAACACGCCGCUAUUCCCAACCUACCCGGGCCCUCUUACCAGUGCAGAGGUAAAUGCCGGCAUGGUAAUGCCAUAUCUAGUCAAGGCCCUGAUCGGUGACUCGGGCAUUGUCGCCUUCUUCAUACUGCUCUUCAUGGCUUUAACAAGCACGGUUUCAUCCUCGAUGAUUGCGGUCAGCAGUAUCCUCUCAUUCGAUAUCUACAAAACAUACUUCAAUCCAAAAGCGUCCGACAAAAGGCUCCUUCGUGUAAGUCAUAUUUCGGUCGUUUUCCACGCCGUCUUCAUCACAGGCAUCUCGAUUGCUCUGAACUACGGCGGUGCAAACAUGACCUGGAUCGGCUACUUCCGGCCCAUCCUCUCCUGCCCGGGGAUUAUUCCUCUGGCACUCACACUUUUCUGGUCAGGCCAGACUCGCUUAGCAGCAAUUGUUUCGCCCGUCCUAGGCUUCUUCACCGGCCUGGCUAUCUGGCUCGCCAGCGCAAAGUCCCUGUACGGCACUGUCAACAUGACCACCACCGGCGAGGGGUUGCCGGCGCUCCUCUAUUCCGUCAUCAUAUCGCUCUACAAGCCUUACAAAUUCGACUGGCGUGAGUUCCUCCGCAUCGAGCUCGCAGACGAGGAACAACUCCAUGCCUCCGAUCCGUCCAUCGCGCCAACCUCUAAGGAAAACCAGUCGAGUGAAAAAUCCCCCAGCCCUCGCCCUGAAUCUCCCCCAUCCGAAACAACCUCCACCAAUGACCCGGAGCGAACUGGAGCAGACGAGAAAACCCUUGCCGUUUCAUCAGCGCCAGCUAUCGCGUCACCGACACAACUGAGCCUAGACGAUAUCCGUCACCCUUUCAGCGACGAAACGCUGAAAGAACUAUACCGCUGGUCUCGUAUCGCGUGGGUGAUCUUCGUAGUCCUCGUUCUUAUCACUUUUAUCUUGUGGCCUAUGCCGCUUUACCGGAACUAUAUCUUCACCAAGUCGUUCUUCUCGGGGUGGGUUACGGUUGCUAUUAUUUGGCAGUUUUUUGCCUUCUUGGCGGUGGUUGUCUAUCCGCUUUAUGAUGGGCGGUUUGAGAUUGAGAAGGGUGUCAAGGGGAUAUGGAAAACGGUGAAUGAUUAUCUUGUGAGGGGGAAAUGA